UGUGGAUCAAUCAGUGCCGGUGCUAGCUGAACGAUCCUCCUCUCCUCUCCACCUCUUUUCGGUGAGCAGGCGCGCGCGCUUGGAGCUCCCGGCCAUGUCGACAUUGCAGGCAGCUGCUGGGGUGGAGAAGCGUCACGCCGUGUUCUUCCCAUUCCCGGCGCAGGGCCAUGUCAAGCCGGCGCUCCAGCUAGCCAAGCUCCUCCACCGUUGCCACGGCUUCCAGGUAACGUUCGUCCACACCGAGCACAACCGCCGACGCCUCCUCCGCUCGCGCGGCCCCGGCGCGCUUGCGGGGGUCCCCGGGUUCCGCUUCGCCGCCGUCCCGGACGGCCUACCCGAAUCCGAUGCCGACGCGGCGCAGGACAUGUCUGCCCUGCUGUCCACCACGGAGGCCCUGGCCCCGCACUUCAGGAGCCUCGUCUCCGGCCUCCCGUCGCCCGUGUCCUGCGUCGUCUCCGACAUCGAGCACAUCCUCUACGCGGCCAAGGACAUGGGUCUUCAAUGUGUCACCUUCUGGAUCACGAGCGCGUGCUCCUUCAUGAUGUACCAGCUAUGCCAGAGGCUCGUCGACAUGGGCAUUGUUCCCCUCAGAGAGGCCGGGCAGCUAAGGAAUGGAUGCAUGGACAGCACGGUCCUGGACUGGGUGCCGGGAAUGCCCAAAGGCAUUUGCCUGAAAGACUUCCCGGACUUCGUCCUCACCGCGGACCCCGACGACGCCAUGCUCAAAGUCGCCCUGCGCUCAAUGGCGUGCCACAGGACUACCCCGUCCGCCGUCAUCUUCCACACCUUCGACGAGAUCGACCGCGAGGCCAUCGCAACCAUGUCCACCUUCCUGCCAAAAAUCUACGCCGUCGGGCCAUUGCCGCUCCUCCUCGGUCAAGCCUCCGGCACUGGCGGCGUGGGUGACACGCUGGAAUCAAACCUGUCCAGGGAGAACCACGCCUGCCUAGAGUGGCUGAAUGGCCGGCGGCCGAACUCGGUGGUGUACGUGAGCUUCGGGAGCAUAGCAACGCUGACGAGCGAGCAGCUUGUGGAGCUCGCGUGGGGUUUGGCUAACAGUAAGCAGGACUUCCUGUGGGUGAUGAGAGACGAUCAAGUGAAUAAUGGCGGCGACCCCGCUGCUGUGUUGCCGCCGGAGUUCUUGGAGGAGACGAAGGCGAGGAGGUACGUGACGAGAUGGUGCCCGCAAGAAGCGGUGCUACAGCACGAGGCGACGGGCGCGUUCCUGACGCACUGCGGGUGGAACUCGGUUCUGGAGAGCGUCUGCGCCGGGGUGCCGAUGCUAUGCUGGCCCUUCGGCGCCGACCAGUACACCAACGCGAGGUACGCUUGCUCUGAGUGGCGCGUCGGCUUGGAGAUCGGCGGCGAUGUCAAGAGAGACGAGGUGGAGGCAGCCAUUAGGGAGGUGAUGGGAGAAGGGGAGAAAGGAAAAGAGAUAAAGAGAAUGCUCAAUGAAUGGAAGGAGAAGGCUAUCGUGGCUGCACAACCAAGUGGAUCCUCUUGGGUAAAUUUGGAGAAGGUGGUCAAUGAGGUGCUUACUGUGCCUCCUGCCAAGGGGGAUACAGAAAUAUGAGUACUAGCCAUGUGGCUCGAAAAUUCGCUAUGGAUCCUCUUGUGGUUAGUCUACACUAGACUAGUAUUCUCUCCGUCGGGAAUUACUUGUCGUAGAAAUGGGUGUAUAUAGAUGUAUUUUAGUUUUACAUACAUCCAGUUUCAUUCAUUUAUGUGAAAAGUAAUUUGAGACGGUGGGAGUAGUAGUAAUAAUUUCAUGAAAAUGAAGACAUGGCCAUGGUUGUGAUC